UAGUUUCGUGUCUGGUCUUUUGUCAAAAUUUUAAAUUCAACUUUUGAUGUCUUCAUUUUCAAAUCCCAAUCAUUAUUUGCUAUUCAUCUAAUUGUUAUUUUAAUGUAAUUUGUUUAUAUUUCGAAAUUAAUGAGAUAACAACAAAGUGUUAAAAUGACUAUCACGAAGAUGGACGUAGACCCCGCAAAGGGUGAAGGAUUUCGCCCUUACUAUAUCACCAAGAUUGAAGAGUUGCAACUCAUUGUGGCUGAAAAAUCACAAAAUUUGCGGCGAUUGCAAGCUCAACGUAAUGAACUCAACGCCAAAGUAAGAAUGUUGCGAGAAGAGCUUCAACUCUUACAAGAACAAGGUUCGUAUGUCGGCGAGGUAGUUAAGCCGAUGGAUAAGAAAAAGGUCCUUGUAAAAGUCCACCCAGAAGGCAAAUUUGUUGUGGAUCUAGAUAAAAAUGUUGAUAUCAAUGAUGUUACCGCCAAUUGUCGUGUUGCACUGCGUAAUGAGAGUUAUACUCUGCAUAAGAUUUUACCCAACAAAGUGGACCCAUUAGUGUCCCUUAUGAUGGUGGAAAAGGUCCCUGAUUCCACAUAUGAGAUGGUUGGCGGUUUGGACAAACAAAUUAAAGAGAUAAAAGAAGUAAUUGAAUUGCCUGUUAAACAUCCUGAAUUGUUUGAUGCUUUGGGAAUCGCGCAGCCCAAAGGUGUGCUUUUGUAUGGCCCUCCAGGUACUGGGAAGACUCUGUUAGCUAGAGCAGUAGCACAUCACACAGAGUGUACUUUCAUCCGUGUUUCUGGUUCGGAAUUGGUACAAAAGUUCAUUGGCGAAGGAAGCCGUAUGGUUCGAGAACUCUUUGUUAUGGCAAGAGAACAUGCACCAUCUAUAAUCUUCAUGGAUGAGAUUGAUUCCAUUGGUUCUUCACGUAUUGAAUCUGGCAGUGGUGGAGAUUCUGAAGUUCAAAGAACAAUGUUAGAACUACUUAAUCAGUUGGAUGGUUUUGAGGCAACUAAGAACAUCAAAGUUAUAAUGGCAACAAACAGAAUUGACAUUCUAGACCCAGCCUUGCUACGACCUGGUCGUAUUGACCGGAAGAUUGAAUUCCCCCCACCAAAUGAGGAAGCCCGUUUAGAUAUCUUGAAAAUUCAUUCACGCAAAAUGAAUUUGACCAGAGGUAUCAAUCUACGAAAGAUUGCAGAAUUGAUGCCAGGUGCUUCUGGAGCUGAGGUGAAAGGUGUUUGUACUGAAGCUGGCAUGUAUGCUUUAAGAGAACGUAGAGUGCAUGUCACACAGGAAGACUUUGAAAUGGCAGUGGCAAAGGUCAUGCAGAAAGAUUCGGAAAAGAAUAUGUCCAUCAAGAAAUUGUGGAAAUAGAUUAAUAAUUUGCUUUUAUGUGUAUUAAACUCUUACUAAUUAGAUGUAACUCUUUUACAAA